GAUAACAGGCUACAGUAGCCGUCUGUGGCAGUUAGCUAUCAGACAAAUCAACUUUAUCAGAGACAAAAUUGAUAACUUUUUGGACUCAAAAACAUUUGUACCGCAUAUUUCAUGCAACGACGGGCACGAAUUUCAUGAAGGAAAGCUUUGGAAAAUAGCCAGAUAUUUAAAGUGCUCAGCAAGCCCACAGUUAGCUUAGCCUGGUUUGAUAGCAAUACUAGCAAGCGGACCGACAUUAAAGUCAGAAAUUAUUUUUGAAUUGAAGAAUACUGUAAAUAGUUAAGCGUCUUCAUAUAUUGUGCAGUUUUGAUUCUUUACAACUUUUAGGUUCGUAUUAGUUGGUCUUUAUAUUAAUCGCCGUAUCAGUCUAGUCGGCCGGUUGUGUAGCAGUCUGCUAAGUUUUCUCAUCUGGGACUAAUUUGCAGGCUACCUGUGUGCUCCACACAGCUGAAAAUGAAUUCAAAUGUGGAAAACUUGCCGCCUCAAGUGUUGAGACUUGUCUAUAAAGAAGUUUCUGCCCUGGCAGCAGACCCUCCCGAGGGGAUCAAAAUCUAUCCCAGUGAAGAGGAUAUCACAGAGCUUCACACGGCUAUUGAGGGCCCAGAAGGAACUCCUUAUGCCGGAGGGGUGUUCCGGAUGCGUUUGGUCCUUGGAAAGGAUUUCCCUGCUGCACCUCCCAGAGGCUAUUUCCUGACUAAGAUUUUCCAUCCUAAUGUUGGGCACAAGGGUGAAAUCUGUGUCAAUGUACUGAAGAGAGACUGGAAGGCAGAGCUGGGCCUGAGACAUGUAUUACUU